AUGGUGUCUCAGGUGUGCCAGAGCUACCAUGCUGACUGCCAAGCUGCGGUAAACCGAAUGAUUAACCUGGAGCUCUAUGCUAGCUAUGUCUACCUGUCCAUGGUAAGUUCUUCUUUGCUUGUUGGGGAGAAUAAACUUCACUUGCUCCCCCCCCCCUAUGUAAUUUCACCCUUGGUCUGAUCCUAUGCAUAUCUCUUCACAGCUAACAUGCACUGAGUUCAGUAACAUCUAUUUCUGAUAAGGCUUGGCAGAUAGGUUCCUUAGCCUUGCAAGGUUCCUCAAAUGUCCUCCACUAUUAAUGCCUAUGGGAUCUUGCAGGUGUUAGAUGUUUCUCUAUGAAGCCUGAGUUGAGAGAACAUAGUUCUGUUGAAGAAACCAGGCAACUAUAUGUCACCUUGAGCUCACUGGAGGCCCAUCAGGUUAUAUAUCUAGCAGGGUGGAUUUGAUUUAAAUCAAAUUGAUUUAAAUCGCUAGUCAGUAAGACUUGAUUUAUUCCUCUCUUUUUUUACAGAAAGACUCAUCCUUGCUGGUAUAAUCUUAAUAUUUACAACCAGAUGAAGGUUUCAUUUUUGGAAUAAAUUUUCAGAGUAGUUUUUUACAGUUAUAUAAAAAAUUACUGAUUUGGUUAUACAAUAGAUAAUUAUGAAAUUAUUGUGAGGUUUAAUAAGUUAACUGUUUGUAUUUGGACAACUUUUCUGCUGUACUUUAUUAGGAGAAAAAUAAUCAUUUCCUUAACAAUUUAAACAAUUAACUAAAACAAUAACAUUAUAGCAUAUGUAUCCAUGUUUGUUAACUGAUGUGGUUAAACAAUUAAAAAAAAAACUUAGACUGUGUUUUAGCACACAUGAAAAAUUUAAAACAAAUCCUUAUUUCCUGAUGAAUAGCCUUUGGGCUAUAAUGUAACUUAAAUAGAAAACUGUCUUUAGAAAUAUUUUUCUUGCCAAAGAAUUUUAUUUUAAAAAUCCAAUUUAAAUUUUAAAAAUCCAAUUUAAAUUUUUAAAAAUCGAUUUUUUAAAAAAAUAAAAAAUGUUAAUUUUUAUCCACCCUGAAAUCUAGUAACUUUGUCUCCUUCCAGUCCUACCACUUUGACCGUGAUGAUGUUGCCUUGCAUCACAUGGCCAAGUUCCUGAAAGAGCAAUCCCAGGAAGAGAGGAAGCAUGCGGAGAAGUUCCUGCAGUACCAGAACAAACGGGGAGGACGCAUCCUGCUGAAGGACAUCAAGGUGAGGUGAAAAGCAGUAGGUCUUUGGGCUGUGCUGAACGUAAGAGUAUCUUGGGCCCUGAUGCAAUAUCCCCACUCACCUCACAGAGUGUUUGUUGUGGGGGAGGAAGGGAAAGGAGAAUGUUAGCCGCUUUGAGACUCCUUCGGGUAGUGAUAAAGUGGGAUAUCAAAUCCAAACUCUUCUUCCCUUACCUCUCAUCCUUGCAUCCAACUCUUGCACAGAAGCCAGAGAAGGAUGAGUGGGGAAGCAGCGUGGAUGCCCUGCAGUCUGCCCUGGAGCUGGAGAAGGUGGUGAACCAGGCCUUGCUGGAUCUGCACAAGCUGGCAACAGAGAAGGGAGACCCUCAUGUGAGUUUUCAAUAAUGCCACAUUGUCCAGAAGCCUUCCUUAUAUUUAGGAGGCUUAGAGGGCUGAAUGCACCACAGUUAGCUGUGAUAGAGGAGAAAGCUAUAAAAAAAAUACCCGUUCUUUCUGCAAGGUUUCCUUCCUUCCAUAAAACCAAUGCCUCUUGUUUCUUUCCUGCCCCCAUGGCAUUUAAAAACAGGAAGACUCAACUAGAGAUGGACAAAUCUGUCAGCUGCUUUUCUUGGCAAGCAAGCCUGUUUGGGGUAUAACAGUCUUUGCUACUAUCAAUAAAAUUAUUAUUACUGAAAUCUAGAAAGCCUUUCCAUGAUUUGGUACCAUGAGUGUCUGUUGGUUUAGCUUGUCAUCUAGAGAAGGUUAAUGCCACAUGCCUUAUUCCCCCUUGUGUCCUUCUUGUUUGAGGGCAGGUUCACGAAAGCUUGUCUUAAACCAGGGGUAGGGAAUCUGUGGUAAUCCAGAUGUUGUUGGAUUACAGCUGUCAUAAUCUGACUGCUGUCUAGGCUAGCUGGUGAGAUCUGAAGUCUCUGAAGCCCAACAACAUCUGGAGGGCCAGAGGUUUCCUAUUAUUAUCUAUACUAUUCUAUAACCUUGCAGUGAAUACUUGUGUACUUGGCCAAAGCUUGUCUCUGAUCUUUUCAGCUGUGUGACUUCCUGGAGACGGAAUACCUGGAAGAGCAGGUGAAGGCCAUCAAGCUGCUUGGAGACCACCUCACGAACCUGAGGCGCCUGGGGGUGCCCCAGAAUGGCACAGGAGAUUACCUCUUUGACAAGCUUACCUUGGGAGAGAGCAGCUGUGCAGCAUCUUAA